AUGGGCGACAAUGGUCGAUUCGAACACACCAGGCUUGACAAUCCAGGAAGCCAAAUACGUUUGCUCAUGCUACAGUCGCCGCGGACGACCGAGGAUUGCGUCAGUGUUAACCUUUCUCUGAGAGUCUUCGAUUUUACAGACGAGUCAGAAACCCCUCCAUACACUGCUUUAUCGUACACUUGGGGCCCCCCAUCGCCACUACACACCGUCACACUGAACGGAAGAGAAUUUUCAAUCCGCGAUAAUCUUUGGCAAUUUUUGAAAACAUUGAAUGAAUGGCCAUUAGAUGACAGCUCUCACUUAAGAGAAAGAUGGUUCUGGAUUGAUCAGUUGACGAUUGAUCAGAACGACAACGAAGAGAAGCGCCAUCAAGUCGGCAUAAUGGACAAAAUCUACAACAGGGCCGAAAAGGUCCUUGUAUGGUUGGGCUUACCCGGCAAGGACAGCAAGCAUGCAGAGAUGUACAUCAAAGCACGAAACCCUUCUCUAGGUUCGAGAACGACAGAAACCAAACUCAACGCCGAAAAGCUGUUGAAAAGACCGUAUUGGACUCGGCUGUGGAUUAUGCAGGAAGUUUCGCUCGCCAGGUCUCUUCUUUUUAUGUGUGGAAACUGGACUUUCAAAUGGAAUGACUUGACGCGCCUCACGGGUCUAGAUACCACGAACGAGUGGGUGGUUUCGUUUUAUAGAGCCAUCACAGUUGCGAUGACAAAACGUCCUCUUCACGAGGUUAUUCUCAAUUUUCAUAGCCCGAGUGGCGAUAUAGGGAGUGGUUUCCUACAGUGUGAAAAGCGAGUGGACAAGAUCUACGGGCUGAUGGGAGUUGUCAUUCCAUGUGAACGACUUGGCGUGGAUUAUACGGCUCCCUUAGAAAAUGUGGUUAUGGAGAUCGUGAGAGUGGUGGUCAAAAGCGUUGCGAAUGAUGUUUCCAUGAUGAAUCGUGAUAGCGCAGAGGCAGCUCGGUCACUUAAGACAGUGGAAGAUGCAAUAUUGGCAAGUUGCAAAGCGUUAAAGGUUGAUUGGCCACAAGGCUUGGAUAUCCAUGAGGAGUGGGAAAGGCAUUUGCGUGCAAAGAUGACGCUGACAGAUCUAGUUAAGCUACGAGUUAGGAACUUCUAUAGCUGGUUUCGGUAG